CAGACACAUACCGCCCAUCACUCUCUUGCGCCGCCUCGACAUACUUCUCGCAUCACCAUCCUUUCGACAAACACCGAUCUGAGACGACUGGCAGCGUGGAAAAGUAGUCUGGAGGUGUUUUCAGAAGUGGGAAUCUCGCCGUAACGGCAUAAGAAGGCGGAGAACACGGUGCAAGAAGCACAGCUGCAAUAGAGAAUAUGGCAGGCCAAGGCAUGAACCUCGAUCUGAGCAACGCUCAAAUCACACAGGACGAGAAUGGACGACCAUUCAUCAUCGUCCGUGACCAGGGCCGUAAGAAGCGCACGCACGGAAACGAGGCCGUCAAAAACCACAUUCUCGCCGCUCGCACUGUCUCCUCUAUCGUCAAGACCUCGCUAGGUCCCCGAGGACUGGACAAGAUCCUCAUUUCACCCGAUGGCGACAUCACCGUCACCAACGAUGGUGCAACCAUUCUUGGCCAGAUGGAGAUCAAGGAUCACAUUGCCAAGUUGCUAGUCUCACUCUCACAAUCCCAGGACGCCGAAAUUGGAGAUGGAACGACAGGUGUGGUGGUGCUGGCAGGCGCUCUGCUCGAGCAGGCUGCAGAACUUAUCGACAAGGGAAUCCACCCCAUCAGAAUAGCAGACGGCUAUGACCAGGCUUGCGAGGUGGCAGUGGCAGAGCUGGACCGCAUAUCAGAUGUCAUGUCUUUCAGCAAGACCGACACCGACAACCUCUACAAGUGCGCCAGAACGUCACUGGGAAGCAAGAUCGUUUCCAAGGCACAUGGACAAUUCGCUCAAAUGGCUGUGGACGCCGUACUAUCCGUUGCUGAUCUGGAGAGAAAGGACGUGGACUUUGAGUUGAUCAAGGUCGAUGGCAAGGUGGGAGGCUCAUUAGAGGACUCUGUGCUGGUCAAGGGUGUCAUCGUGGACAAAGACUUCUCCCACCCACAAAUGCCGUCAGAGGUACGAGACGCGAAGCUUGCCAUUCUCACCUGCGCAUUUGAACCACCCAAGCCGAAGACCAAGCACAAGCUGGAUAUCACGAGUGUUGCCGAGUUCAAGGAGCUGCAAAAGUACGAACAGGCCAAGUUUGCCGAGAUGAUUCAGCAGAUCAAGGACACGGGCGCCAACGUGGUCAUCUGCCAGUGGGGCUUCGACGACGAGGCCAACCACCUCCUUCUCACAAACGAGCUUCCGGCGGUAAGAUGGGUCGGUGGUCCAGAGAUUGAACUCAUCGCCAUUGCCACCAACGGGCGCAUCGUACCACGAUUCGAGGACCUGAGCGCGAAGAAACUGGGCCACGCAGGCAUUGUCAGAGAAAUGUCAUUCGGCACCACGAGAGAAAAGAUGCUGGUCAUCGAGGAGUGCGCCAACUCACGCGCUGUCACCGCUUUCAUCCGCGGUAGCAAUAAGAUGAUCAUCGACGAAGCCAAGCGUUCGCUCCAUGAUGCUCUUUGCGUGGUGCGCAACCUCGUCAAGGACAACCGGAUUGUGUACGGCGGUGGUGCUGCUGAGAUUGCGUGCUCUUUAGCAGUCGAGAAAGCAGCGCUAGACACUCCUGGUUUGGAACAGUACAGCAUGCGCGCUUUUGCUGAUGCUCUCGACGCUGUACCGAUGGCACUUGCGGAGAACAGUGGUUUGAGCCCGAUCGAGUCCUUGUCCGAACUCAAAGCACGACAAGGCAAGGGCGAGGGAAGAGGACGUCUUGGCGUGGACUGCAUGCAAACAGGAACGAAUGACAUGAAGGAACAUUUCGUUAUCGAUCCUCUGAUUUCCAAACGCCAACAACUCCUCCUUGCAACGCAAUUGUGCCGCAUGGUGCUCAAAGUCAACAAUGUGAUUGUUGCUGGAUCUGAUGAAAACGACUUCUAGAUGGAAUACCUGUCUCUUGAUGGGUGGAACGGGAAGCACGCAGCGACGGCGUGAAGGUGUCGACGGCUGGAAGCGCGACGGGCUCCAGAGGUAUGUACAUCGUACAGUACGUGUGUACUACUGCCCAUGCUUUUGCCAUAGACGAUCGAACAUUUCCGACAUCAGAAAAAGAUGUUGGCCGACGUGCUGCUGCAGGUACCAGAUAGCGUACCACACCAGAUCGCGCAGGCGGAAGUUCGGCACCACACCGCAAAGCGCUUCGCACGAGGCGCCGGCGGCGUGCAUAUAGUGGCGGGAUGCAGCAAGACCUCAACCUCUCUCGAACGAACGAAUCAGUAAUCGUAUAGAGAACAGAGCAGCACCUUGACCUCUUCUUCCCUCUUCACUUUCUCUGCUGACCGACUAGACUUCUCAUCUGCUAAUCUCGCAACUCGUUUUCCCUCGUCAUCACUCACUCUGUCUUGGCACAGCUUUGCAAUCGCCGAUCCCGCCGCUGCUCUGGCCUUUAACCGCCGACUUUUCACAUUGCGCCGACCUGGGAACUCGUAUACCUGCACACUCGGACUGCUGUAUGGACGAUACGUGGCAGAGACAUGUCCGUUCAACUACUGCGGAUACCGUAGACUCUACUGCGACCACAUUGCUCCCUAGCGCAUCGAGUAGUAAGGGUCACAGCUUUGAUGAAGAUGGGAAGCGAUAUGCGGAUGUGGAACUCAUAGCAUGGGAGAAGGCCCAAGGGCUAGGAAAGAGAAAGAACCUCAACCAAUAUGCCGAGGAAGAAGAAAAAGAAGAAGGUGAAAUAGACGGUGGUCACGAAAACGACACACUCGAGCACCAACCUCUCCUACAAUCCCGCCCAUCUCUCAAUGCACUACGCGAACAACAUCAAAAGGUCGCGCACACAGCCCAAACAGUCGGUGGAGAGGACGCAGCCGAGCCACCACCUCCCAACGACACCUCCAAACCUCAACCAGUAUCCUGGAAAGACCUCCCCCAAAAAGGCCAAUUAGCAAUCCUCACCCUCGCCCGCCUCUCCGAACCUCUCACCCAAACCUCUCUCCAAAGCUACAUGUUUUACCAACUCAAGUCUUUCCCCACCUCCACUGGCAGCCCUCCCAGCGAUGCCCUCGUUGCCCGCCAAGCAGGUCUCCUCGCCGCCGCAUUCACCUUUGCUCAGUUCCUCACCGCCAUGCUCUGGGGACGUCUCGCCGAUAGCGAAUACAUGGGGCGGAAAAGAGUCAUCCUCGUUGGACUCUUGGGCACAGCGAUAGGGAGUCUCGGGUUUGGAUUCAGUCGGUCUUUUGAGGAGGCCAUGUGUUGGAGAGCUGUGGGUGGGGUUCUGAACGGGAAUGUUGGAGUUAUGAGGACGAUGAUCAGUGAGAUUGUAAAGGAGAAGAGGUUUCAGAGCAGAGCGUUUUUGUUGAUGCCUAUGACGUUCAACAUUGGUGUUGUUGUGGGGCCGUUGUUGGGUGGGUUGUUGGCGGAUCCCGCGGGAAGUUAUCCCGGCUGGUUUGGACCGGGAGGGACCUGGGGAGGUAUGAAAGGCGUGUGGUUGUUUAUGGAGUUUCCGUAUGCUUUGCCGAACUUGGUCAAUGCGGGCUUCUUGGUCGGGAGUACGCUCGCUCUGGUGUUGGGAUUGGAAGAGACCUUGGAAGGAUUGAGAGGGAAGAGUGAUUGGGGGUUGAAAAUUGGCAAAUCUUUGGGGAGAAUGUUGUGGAGGCGGAGUACACCAAAGCAGGAAUACGCGCCUCUUCAAGAGCAAGAGGACGGUGUCCUGAACGACCUCGAACUCGCCACCACUUCAACAACCAAACCUCUAAACUCCAUCAGCACUCCCGUUCGAAAAAGAGCCAAGCUUCCCUUCCGCAGAAUCUGGACCCCAAACGUCCUCUUCACCCUUCUUGCCCACGGCCUGUUAGCAAUGCACGUCGGAACUUUCAGCAAUCUCUGGUUUGUGUUCCUCUCUACCCCACGCUACAAUCCAGAACCCUCGGAAGAAACUCUUCCCUUGCCCGAAAACUACAAACCCCAUCCACCAUUCACCUUCACAGGAGGCCUCGCCCUCCCUCCCCCGGCGAUCGGCACCGCCCUCGCCAUCCUCGGCAUCAUAGGCAUCACCCUCCAACUCCUCAUCUUCCCCCGAGUAUCCUUCUGGUUAGGAACUAUCCGGUCCUAUCGACUCAGUCUCUUAUUGUUUCCGCUCUCCUACUUCCUGGCACCUUACCUUGCCGUUAUUCCCAGCAGCAACCAUGCACCCGAACAACCCAGCAGCGGCAUCUGGGUGUGGCUCUCUAUCACCCUCAUUCUCAGCAUCCAAGUUUUGGCACGUACAUUCGCGUUGCCAUCGACGGCGAUUUUGGUGAAUAAUGCUUCUCCGCAUCCUUCGGUAUUGGGGACUUUGCAUGGGAUUGCGCAGAGUGUGAGUAGUGCUACGAGGACGGUGGGACCGGUUGUGGCGGGUUAUAUUUAUGGAUGGGGGUUGAAUUGGGGGGUGGUGGGACUGGCUUGGUGGGGAAUGGCAGGAAUGGCGAUAGUUGGGGCGGCAGCGGGGAGGUGGGUACGGGAUGGCGACGGGCAUGAGAUCUGGCUUGAAGGCGAGAGGGAAGGUGAACAGGAGAGUGGGAAAGGGUGAGCCGUCUUUUGACAAAGUUCACUUCCAUUUCGAGUGUAUUCUAUACCGCCCGAGUCGCAAAAAAAAGGACGGCUUGAUCAGAGGAGUCAUGCAUGCUACUGCCCUUGGGAGACUAGCCACGCACACCGACCAGCCUCAACACUUCGGGAGUCACCUCUGGCUCAUGAAACGGUCGAGUACGAUCCGCUGGGUCCAAGGAACCGUCUGGCCGUCUCGGCUUGGCAUCAUAAUAGUCGACCUUAUCUGCUGGAACGAUAUUCAUGUUCUUGGAAACAAUGUCAGUAUGUGCAAGCCACGCAUCUCGAUCCAAGCACCACACACUCACCGGCCAGUGCGUCGUUCCCUUUCUCUGCUCGAAAAUUUCCCUCUUCUUCUCCAACUCCUCCUCGGUCAUAAAACUCCUCGGACAGUAACACACGUAGGUCGCAAACCGCGUCCGCUCCCCCUUGGGAUUCGUGUUCCAAUGUAUCGUCCGACUAUCCCACAGAAUCAAAUCUCCCGCUUUGGCGCAUACUUUCACCUCCGGACACCCUGCUACCUCUCGAUACCACGCGGCAUCUUCGGGAUUGAAGUUAUAUCCAUUCUCGCCUUCACCCAAAUCACAUUCGGGCCGGAACUUUCCUCCAUUGACCGCGUCGAAAUGGCGUUGAUGGAGUUUAUGACUUCCCGCGAGCACGACGAGUCCUCCAUCCGAGGGCCCGUUGUCGGCGAGGUUUGCGAUGCCUUGAUAUAAUUUGCACUCGGAAAUCGUUCGAGGAUCUUGAUCGAUAUGUUCCCACGGCUUCGUCUCUUCCACAUCUGUGCGUCCAUGUUCGGGAUGCACAGGUAGACUGAUAUUGAGUCCAUCAAACGACGCGAUGAGAUCAUCUGUUCCCCAGAUCUGCGAAAAUGUCUCGAGAAUGCCUGGCUGGGUACGGAUGUUCCAGACAAAGGCUUCGUGGUUGACGGAGUACCGGUUAUACAGGCCUUUGGAGUGGUCGGAUGGCAGAUGCGACGCUUUCCAGGUGCUGCGGUCUGUACGGGAGAAGUUGUUGGUUGGGAACGAUUCGAGCCAUGACCAGGCGGAUUCGACGAAGGAGGCGCAGACUGAGGGUGGGACUACGGAGGGGACUACGACGUAGCCAUCUCUAUCUAGGUCGAUGAGAAACUGGGGUUUGGAGGGUGAGGAGGAUGACAUGGUCGUUGCUGUUGUUCUUCUUCACUUGUUCUCGCUUCUUGUGGCAGUAUAGAUAAAGGAGGCCGCUGGACUGGGAGUGCGUUGAAGACGAUCGAGAAAGGUGAGAUGGAACGACUCUUUCAACGAGGAGGUGAGUAGUCCCGAGACGUGAAGUUUAUCUGUGGUUGGUGAUCGGUAUACCAUUGUCACGAAUUGCUUGGCCGUGGACAAGGGAUAGCUCCAACAGGCAGGCGGGGUUGCGAGGUUGUGCGAGCUUGAGAAGCUUAUACACUGAUUAUUGACUUGGGCUUCACUUGAUCACACAAUCAGCACGCAGACUAGGACUAUUCCAUAAUAUCAGGAAUAUUGUAGCUACACUACUUCGACGAUAUGGAUCAAUAUGUCGAUCAAAGAUAUCGCAAAAGAAAU